AUGUCUUUGGGCGGUGGCGCCUACUUUGAGGAGCGGAACGCCAAGGAGGGCGUGCCGUACGAUGCCGCUUCUCUCCCAGACAUGAGCGCCGUGUUUGGGCCGUCGAAGGCGGAGAAGGAGGCGCAGGCGGAGGAGGAGAAGAAGAAGGAGGAGCCGCUGCCGAAGGCGCGCCGCCUCCCCGCAGACGCAGCCGCCGCGGCUCGCGCAGCACGCACGCACGCAGCACACGCACACCUUCUCUGCAGCCUCGAGAAGCUGAAGAUGCGGUUCCGCAAGAUGAGCCUCAAGUGGCACCCCGACAAGAACAUCCGCCGGCCAGAGGCGGCGGCGGAGGUGUUCAAGGCUGUCAACGCGGCGUACCAUACGCUGACGACAAACAACUUCGACUACAAACGGCGGGCCUCGCCGAGCGCGCGCCGCGGCCCAAGCCGGCGACCAAUUCGUGCGGACGAGUGGUCCGAGUCCUUCACGAUCCCCCCGAUGCAGUCGCUCGAGGACGUGCUGGUGAUGGCGCUCAAGGGCGCCAUUGCGAGAUUGCACGAGAUUGCACGAGAGCGCCGACCCUUACCAGGCCCCGUCGUGCUGCUCAUUCGACGCGCAAGCUUCUUCAGCCACUGGUUAGCGAUGCUACUGAUUUGGUCAGGUCGAGAUUCCAUCUGGUGCAUCUGCACACCCACGAGAUUGCGCGAGAUUGUGCCACGGCCUGACCAGGUCGAGAUGCUGCUUAAAAAGCGGGGCGACUACCGGCCGCACCAAGACUUCGGCGUCAACCUCUCCAUCCCGUGGAACGCGGGCAGCCGCGAGGACCAAUUCAUUUCCAGCGCCAGUGGGGACCCGUCCUACCACGUGCACACCGGCUCGGCGUACCACACGACGCGAGGGCCUCGAGGACCAAGGCACUGGGCGGUGGGGCGGCGCGGGCUCGAGGACAGAGGAAAGGCCGAGCUGGGAUACGACGGCAGCGCUUCCGGUGACGCGGGUUGGGGGGGCGACGCGUAUGGAGGGCAGAUUGUGAGGCACGUCGAGACUCAAGAUUUGCUCGACCAGUUUGGGGCGAAGGCGCAGGCGUACGCGAAGCCGAAGGGCCGGCCGGACUUGACUUCGCAGAGCGAGGGGGCGAGGGAGGCGGCGGAGGGGUUCAACGACCAGGCAGUCAAGGCGUUCAAGGCGAAGGACUGGCAGCGCUGCUACGACCUCUCCUCCGAGGCGAUCCGACUCAACCCGCGCAAGACGGCAUAUCUCGGUCGAUCUCGCAUCCGCCUGACAGGUCGAGUCAAUUGA